AUGGUUCAAUAUGUCAUUACGCCCUGGAGAGACCGGAGAGAACUGCUGCGCGUGCGCGAACAGCUAUAUUCGCGUCCAGGAGACCCAGCAUAUGACUCGAGCCGUCGCCAGGCCGUUUCGCAGGUUUCCGUAUGGGUAGAAAGAGGCAACUGCCCCCACUUGGUAGAGUCAACUGCCAUUCUCACAUCUGCAAUUCUCAAUGAUGUGCCUGGUAAUUCAACGUGGUGUAUCCGCGCAGCGUACGCCUCAAGUUUUUCACGAUUCGUGACUGGUCUAUUAGAUAGCCACCAAGAUAAGCGUCGGAAGCUUAGCAUGUACUCAGUUGCCAAAACUUUAGGGCUUCCAGCGACCUACGUGGAACUUCGACACCAAGCUACUCAUGAAGAAUUGCCCUCUCUCCAGAAACUUCGGACUGCGUCCCGGAAAGCCUUACUAUGGAUCUGGGACUACUACUGGGUUCAUUUGUCGAUUGACGAUGAGGCUGCAAGUCCUGAAGAUCUCAGAGUCUAUCUCCGCAAGCUUUUGGAGGAAACGAAUGAGAAAGUUCGUGGGGAAAUGGAAGCGCGACUGGUUCACUGGACGCAAGAUCAGCUGCUUGAUGCUCUGAUGGAACUAGAAUUGGAAGCACAGGAUAGCGAGGCAUUCCUCCGGUUGGUCAAACUUUCCAAAAAACUCAUGAAUGGGAACGGAGAAUCUGCACGUGAGGACGAGUUGGCUCCGGAGAUGAAGGUUAACAGUAUUGAGGAGCUAAGGAAGGAGUUGACCGGGGUACAAGAGAGGCUUGACGACCCUGUUGUAGACGUGCCACAGAGGGUUGAAUUAUCGCCCAAUGACGACUCGGCAGUGAGUGGAUGGAGUAUGUAUGAAGGCGCCUGGGUUUCGAAGCCAAUCGGGACAGUUUGUUGA